AUGAGUGACAGACGGAUGAAAUCACCAUCGCGGAAAAGAGCUGGUCGUGAAAGAAGAAGCCGAUGGGAUGUGAAAAAGAUCAAGUUUGAGAAAGCCCCUGGAAAAAACAAUGAUAACCAUAAAGAUGAAGAAAUUCAAGUGUCGAAGGAAGCUGGGCAAUUGCAAGAUGGUAUAGAUGAUGAAGCCACAAAUGAAAUUCCCCAAGGGGAAACUGAGAACGGUGACAAAGAAGUCAUCAACUCGUCAGUACGUAAAUCUCGUUGGGAAGAAGAUGAUGAAGAAGAGGCAGCUAAGUCUAAUCCCAUAAAGACCAUUCCAGUUUUCAAUGACCUUCCCCUUACAAAUGAUGUCCUCGAUAUUCUUCUUCCUGAAGGGUAUGAAAUCCUCGAUGCACCUGAAGAGUUCACCAGUGGUGCCAUUGACAUUAAUUUAGAUGAUCUCAACCAGCAGAACACUGGGUAUAUGAUCCCGGAGGAGAGCCAUGCUUCUAAUAAGAUCUUACAAGAUUCGAUAGUGACGAGUGUUCCUGGGAUGAAAGACUUGCAAUAUUUCAAAGAGGAGGAUGCCAAGUAUUUUGGGAAACUUUUGAACGUCGAUGGUAAAUCACAACAACAACAACAAAAACAACGGGGGGAAUUGACGAUUGACGAGCUUAAAGAACAGAAAGUGAUGAGAUUACUCUUGAAGAUCAAAAAUGGAUCGCCGCCAGUCCGUAAACAGGCGCUUCGUCAAUUGACUGACAAUUCUAGAAGUUAUGGACCAAAAAUUUUAUUCAAUCAAAUUUUACCGCUUUUAAUGGAACCGUCUUUAAGUGACAGAGAACGUCACGUAUUGGUUAAAGUUAUUGAUCGAGUAUUAUUCAAAUUGGGCGACUUGGUGAGACCUUAUACUGACAAGAUUCUCAAAGUCAUUUCUCCGUUACUCGCCGAUGAAGACCCGGUGAUGAGAGCCGAGGCCAGAGAGAUCAUUUCUAAUUUGGUGAAGGCGGCAGGGCUUGUCCAUACGAUUUCCACCCUUCGAAAAUAUAUCGACUCGCAAGAUGAAACCCUUCGACUUACUACCGCCAGGACGUUUGCGGUGGCCGCUAAUACCUUGGGGAUUCAAUCUUUGGUACCUUUUUUAAGGGCGGUUUGUGGAUCCAAGAAAUCUUGGGUGGCACGUCAUACGGGGGCGAAAAUUGUUCAACAGAUCGCCGCGAUUGUUGGGUGUGGUGUAUUGCCGCAUUUGAAUUCUCUUGUUGAUUGUCUUGCUGAUGGGGUGGAAGAUGAUAAUGUCCAAGUCCGUAAAGCUACAGCGUUGGCAUUGAGUGCUUUAGCGGAAUCUUCUGCUCCUUAUGGGAUUGAAUCGUUUGAACCGGUGUUGGAAUCUCUUUGGGGAGGUAUUAGAAGACAUCGAGGCAAUACCCUUUCGGCGUACUUGAAAUGUAUUGGGAAUAUCAUCCCGUUAAUGGAUAGUGAAUACGCAGGAUAUUAUUCGAAUGAAGUGUUUAGAAUUUUAUUGAGGGAAUUCAAUUCAGCCGAUGAUGAUAUGAAAAGAACGGUGUUGAAGGUGAUUCAACAAUGUGCCGCGGUGGAAGGGAUCGAAGUGGGAUACUUGAGAAACGAAGUGUUGCCAUCGUUUAUGAAGAAUUUCUGGAAUCGUCGGUCGGCAUUGGAUAAUCGACUCAAUAGAAUGAUUAUUGAUACUACGGUGGUGUUAUCGGAUAGAAUUGGUUACGAAAAUAUCGUGGAGAGUAUCAUCAGUUAUUUGAAGGAUGAUUCAGAGUUUUUAAGAAAGAUGAGUGUCGAUACCGUUGAUCAAGUUUUCAAAGAUUUGGAAAUGGUUGAUUUAAAGGACCGUACAGAAGAAAGAUUGAUCGACGGGAUGUUGAUUGCUCUACAAAAAACCACUGGUGAUUCAAGUGUCAGUAGUAAGAAUUCGGUGCUUAAAGCGUUUGGAACCAUGGUCGAUGCCCUAGAUAUUCGGAUGAAGUCUUAUUUGCCGCAAAUCAUUUCGAUUAUUUUGUACCGUUUGCAAAACGAAUCUCCAGAAAUCCGUCAGCAAUCUGCCGAUUUGAUUUCCAAAUUGGUCAAAACGAUUAAAUCGUGUAAUGAGGUGGAUAUCAUUAGCAAAUUAUCCAAAGUGUUGUAUGAGUCUUUGGGAGAAGUAUAUCCCGAAGUGUUGGGUUCGAUUUUACAUAGUCUUAAGACGAUUAUUUCUAUUAUCGGGAUCACUUCGAUGAACCCAUCGAUCGAUCAAUUAUUACCAAGCUUGACGCCAAUUCUCCGGAAUCGUCAUGAGAAAGUGCAGGAAAACGUUAUUGAUUUGAUUGGGUUGAUUGCCGAUAAGGCGUCAGAAUAUAUUCCUCCCAAAGAAUGGAUGAGAAUAUGUUUUGAAUUGCUAGAAUUGCUUAAAUCUUCGAGAAAGUCGAUUAGAAGAUCUGCCAAUCGAACAUUUGGGUUUAUUGCCAAAGCAAUUGGUCCACAAGAAGUUUUGGCAACUUUAUUGAAUAAUUUGCGGGUUCAAGAGCGUCAACUUCGGGUGUGUACUGCGGUGGCGAUUGGGAUUGUUGCCGAGACUUGCCAACCAUUCACGGUGAUUCCUCUGAUUAUGAACGAGUACCGAACUCCGGAGAAGAAUGUGCAAAAUGGGGUAUUGAAGGCGAUGACGUUUAUGUUUGAAUAUAUUGGGGGAGAAAUGACUAAAGAUUACUUGUACGCGGUGACCCCGCUCCUUGAAGAUGCGUUAUCCGACAGAGAUCAAAUCCAUCGACAAACUGCGGCAACUGUGAUCAAACAUAUGGCGAUCAAUUGUGCAGGAUUGGGGAUGGAAGAAGUGUUUAUCCAUUUUUUGAACAUGCUUAUGCCUAAUAUCUACGAAACCAGUCCGCACGUUAUUGAAAGAAUUCUUGACGGGAUAAACGGGAUUAGAACUAAUGUUGGGGCGGGGGUGUUUAUGAAUUAUGUUAUGAUUGGGCUUUGGUAUUCUGCCAGGAAGGUUAGAACUCCUUAUUGGAAAUUAUACAAUGAUUGUUAUGUGCAAAGUUGUGAUGCGAUGGUUCCGUAUUAUCCAAAGUUUGAGAACGACAAGGAGGCGGAGAUUGAAGAAUUGGAUGUGUGGUUUUAA